AUGGUUUAUGUCUUGGAAGAAGAAGAAGGUAAGGUUUCUAUCCCUGACAUGACGUCAUCAGUCAUCACCAUGGUUUAUAUCAUGAAAGAAGGUAAGGUUUCUAUCCCUGACAUGACAUCAUCAGUCAUCACCAUGGUUUAUAUCAUGAAACAAGGUAAGUCACCAUGGCUAGCGCCAAUAUACAAUAUGUUUCAAAGUGGCCCUUCAGUUGGCAAAGAGAAGCAUAUACUGACUCCUGGAAUAUCAGUUGAAACUGUGAAACUACCAGGAAUAGGAAAAUGCAGCCUUUGGGACAUAGCAGGUCAAUCUCAUUAUUACGUGUCGCAUUCCAUGUUCUUUGAUGCUGAUAAAGCCACAUUUGUUAUUGUGUACCAAAUUGUUGGUUACGAGAAAACAAGUGAUGGAUAUGAACUUAUACGACCAAUGAUCAUGAAGCAAAAAUCCAUGGAUCAGGUGACAUUUUGGUUGAAGUUUUUACGGAAUUUAUCCAUUGACCAUCCAUUGAUACUUAUUGUAGCCAGUAGAGCUGAUUGGGUUGGCCAGUGGAAACAUGAAGCUGAGAUUGUUGUCAGUCAGAUUCUACAGGAGUGCCUAGAUAUGAUUGAAGAUGAUCUCAACAUCUUAAAUGAGUGUUUUCUAAUUAACUGCCAUGAUGUAGGAUGUCCUGAUAUGCAACGUUUGAGAGCAGCAUUGUGUACAAGACGAACCUACGUACUCCAGAACAUACCACGAAUGCCAAGGAUAUGUACACAAAUUUUGAAGACUACACGGAAAUGGGUUGCAGUGAAUAUAGACUUUCCAGUUAUGGAUUGGACACGUUAUCUGGGGUUUAUAAGAGACAAUGUAGAUGCUUUGGUCAAAGAAGACUUUUUAAAGAAAGCAACCAAUUAUCUUCAUAACAGUGGUGAGAUUAUACACUUUAAAGAUGUGGCAAUCCGUGGAGAUGUUAUUAUUUUAGUGUCAAUGUGGCUGUGUUACAGAAUAAUUGGUCCAAUGCUGGCGUCAGAUGAGUUCAUUCAGUUCAGCAACAGACUUCCAAAUCAGGAAGUCUACACAACCUCUGAAAUAGCUGAAGUAUUUGAAAAAUCAUUUGAUGUUCCAUUGAUUCUGCAUCUGUUAGAGAAACUUGAGUUGUUGUUUCUAUUCAAACCCGAUCCUGAAGGUGAUACCACCAACAAUCAAUAUAUCAUACCUACACUACUACCUUAUGAAAUGCCACAGGAGCAGUGGGAGAUGGGUGACUACAAGAACCACAAGGGGCGUAGUAUAAAGUGCCACCAAGCCAACGACAUGUUUUUACCAUUACUGUUUUGCAAAGUACAGACGCGACUUUACCACAUGUUUGAAGAGCUUGGAUUUCCACCAAGUGGUAUAUGGAAGAAUGGUAUUAAACUGUGCCAUGGAGUAGAAGGCCUGGUUCACCUGACUUCCAACAAAAGAGCCAUACACAUCAUUGUAAGAGGUGAAAGUAAUCAAGACACUGGUAGAUGUUAUCAACUGAUUGAUAAGGUUACCCAGUGUAUUUAUGCUGUUCGCAAUGAAAUAUCUCCCGGAUGUAAUGUUGAUCAAGUUAUUCUCAGUCCAAGGUCCAUUAAGAUGUACCAAGACCCUGGUAAAGUUGCAUCCUACUCAAAUGACGUAAUUCAUGAUGCAGUAGUUCAGAAUAUUGAAGUAUAUCAUAAAGAAAAAGGAUGGUCUGAGAAGGUUGAAGAUUUACUAUGUCCUGGAUUUGACCCAACAUUCCUGAAAGAGUUGCAGUACCAAUGUGACAUCAAAUGGUUACUUCAUGACACCAAGGAGGAGUUAAUCAAUAUGCUUGAAGUUGAACGUGAAGACUCCCAUGACCACAGAAUGAUGGCACGUUAUAUGGGUAUAUCUAAUGAUGAAAGACGAGCUAUGGCGAGGAAUCCUGAACGAAAGGUGACAGAGCAGCUAUUUGAGAAAUGGUCUUCAAGAUGGGCUGAGAAAACACACAGAGAUGGGCCAAAGGCAGAGAAGACAGGAAAUGAGGGUCCCCCUAAUCAUGAUAUAUACUACAAUGAGAGCAGCAUAGAAAACCUGUUACUCAUCAGCAAGAAGUAUCUGGAGACAGAUUUGAUGUACCUGAAGCAAUACACAACAUGUUUGAACAACUUGGAAUACAACCACAAGGAAAAGUCGAUAAAGAUGAUUUUGAAUAACAAUUUUCUUGAGUUUUUGAAAAGAUGCAGGCCAUCUCUACUCAGCAGAUAUAAACUGUUAAUAAGUUUUCACGAUAAAUGA